UUGGAAAGCGUUAUCCUCUAUGGAGAGUUGGAAAGCGCUAUCCUCUACAGCAAGUUGGAAAGCGUUAUCCUCUAUAGCGAGUUAGAAAACGUUAUCCUCUACAGCGAGUUGGAAAGCGUUAUCCUCUACAGCGAGUUGGAAAGCAUUAUCUUCUAUAGCGAGUUAGAAAGCGUUAUCCUCUGUGGUGAGUUAAAAAGCGAUAUCUUUUAUGACGAGUUAGAAAGGGUUAUCCUCUACAGUGAGUUUGAAAGCGUUAUCCUCUAUGACGAGUUGGGAAGCGAUAUCCUCUAUGGCGAGUUGGAAAGUGUUAUCCUCUAUAGUGAGUUAGAAAGCGUUAUUCUCUACAGCGAGUUAGAAAGCGUUAUCCUCUACAGCGAGUUGGAAAGCGUUAUC